AUGUCUACAUUACCAACAUCACUACCGAGUUUACAAACUCAGCUUAUCCCGUCGCUCUCCCCACCGCGCGCAUUUCAUUUAAUCUCAAACCUCCUCUCUCCUACCGAGUGCAGCUCUAUAAUUGAUAAACAUACGGACCUGACACCAUCAAACAUAACGCCCACAACCGUGCGUGAUCGAGAAAUAUUCGUUGACUCUGCGCUUGCGUCGUUGCUCUGGUCGCGUAUUGCGUCUUUCUUUCACGAGGAAGCAAAUGGGAUGGGUAAGGUCGUUGAUGAGGAUGGAGAGAGCUGGACUGUGCGAGCGCUGAACGAGACGUUCAGGUUGUGUCGAUACACGCCAGGAGGUAAAUUCUCAGCACACACAGACGGCCGCCGUCUUGAGUCCGUCAACGAACAGGCGUUCUACAGCAUCAACAUUUACCUUGCCGAUGUCCCUUCUUCUUCUGGCGGCGCGACGCGCUUCCUGUCCCCAACCAACGGAGUUCUUGCAGCCGUUCAGCCGGUGCUUGGGCAAGCGCUCCUCUUCCGAGACGACGUCUGGCAUGAUGGCGAAGAGGUAAGGGAAGGGGUCAAGUACUUGCUUAGAACGGAUGUGAUGUUUUGGCGAGACGAGGAGUUUGAUUUUGACAGGCUGUGCGAGGGCUCUGAAGGAGGCCCGGAGCUGGGGAACGAGAGGAGGGGACGGAGGGCACUGGCUAUUGCCGAGGGGCUUGAGGAUGCCAAAAGGGGGGGCGAAGCAAUCGAAUGGUAUAAGAAGGCUUAUAGGCUGUGGCCUGCGUUAGGAUAG